CACCCAAAACAAAAAGGAAAGUAAAGUACUCGAAAUCCAUUUUCCUUCUUCCACAUCUUUCUCAUUCCAAAUCUCAUCUCAACAAACAAAUAAUAAAUAAAUUUCAAAUCCCUAACUUCAAUUCAAACCUUCUUCAUUCAAUUCCAUUCUUCAAAUCCAUUAUUCCUGAAUCAAGAACAAUGGAUCUAGCUCCUGAAGAACUUCAAUUCCUCAACAUCCCAAACAUCUUAAAAGAAUCAAUUUCAAUUCCAAAAAUUUCCCCUAAAACCUUCUACUUAAUUACCCUAAUCCUAAUUUUCCCUCUUUCAUUUGCAAUCUUAGCACAUUCACUUUUCACACACCCCUUAAUUUCUCACAUUGAAUCUCCUUUCACUGAUCCUGCACAAACCUCUCAUGAUUGGACUCUUCUCCUCAUCAUUCAGUUUUUCUAUCUCAUUUUCCUCUUCGCUUUCUCUCUCCUCUCCACCGCUGCUGUCGUUUUCACUGUCGCUUCUCUCUACACCUCAAAGCCGGUGUCUUUUUCAAACACCAUUUCAGCAAUUCCUAACGUUUUCAAGCGUUUGUUCAUUACUUUCUUAUGGGUCACUCUACUUAUGUUUUGUUACAAUUUUGUCUUUAUUCUUUGUUUGGUUCUGAUGGUUAUAGCAGUUGACACUGAUAAUUCGGUUUUGUUGUUUUUCUCUGUUGUUUUGAUUUUCGUGUUGUUUCUCGUUGUUCAUGUUUAUAUAACUGCUUUGUGGCAUUUGGCUAGUGUUGUGUCUGUGCUUGAACCUCUUUAUGGUUUUGCUGCUAUGAAGAAGAGUUAUGAGUUGUUGAAGGGGAGGGUUAGAUAUGCUUCACUUUUAGUUUGUGGGUACUUGUUUCUUUGUGCUGUUAUUAGUGGGAUGUUUAGCGUGAUUGUGGUACAUGGUGGUGAUGGCUAUGAUGUAUUUUCUAGGAUUUUCAUUGGUGGGUUCUUGGUUGGUGUUCUUGUCAUUGUGAAUUUGGUUGGGUUGUUGGUGCAGAGUGUGUUUUACUAUGUUUGCAAGAGUUAUCAUCAUCAAGAGAUUGAUAAGAGUGCUUUGCAUGAUCAUCUUGGUGGCUACCUUGGAGAAUAUGUGCCUCUUAAGAGCAGCAUUCAAAUGGAAAAUUUGGAUAUAUGAUUGUGGGAUGAGACAAUUAACCCAAGUGGGUUUGAUUUGUAAGUUUAUUUUUCUUACUUAUGAUGAUGUAAUGAAAUUGUGUAAAAUGGUCGGGAAUGAAAGACCAAUGAUAGAUUGUAUGUUGGUUGAAUUUUCAAUUCUUGCAUGUGUAGUGUUUCGGUUUUUUCCUCUUUAAUGCGGUGUAUCAACCAAUGCUUGUUUAGAAGUUGAAGCUCAUUAUUUUCUUCCCUUAUAAAUGCAUUUUGAUAUCAUGACUGCGUCCA